AUGCAAUCCUUUCCACGAGAGAAUCUCUGGACUCUUGCUGAAAUUAUUAAUGAUGGAGAUGCUUACGUGACAUUAAAUGAGAUUCGGGAGUACUCGCUUGGCAAGAGAAUUAGUCGACAAGAGUCCACGCUCUUUGGAUUGGCGCUUUGUGCUCGCUACCGUGUGUGUGCCGUGAAUGAAAAGAAAGAGAACGAGCGCCCAAUCACCGCAGCCUAUCGUGCAUAUCUCAACGCAAUGCAUCUCACCGCCCUCAGCCUCGUUAAUCAUGUAAUU